CCCAACAACGGUUUGGCGAUCCUCAACACCGGGAAACAGCUGCAAGCCAUCUUUUGACACAAACAAGCUCGCCGCCAUGAUUAAUGCUGUGCUUGUUUUCAACAAUGCGGGUCAGCCGCGGCUGACCAAGUUCUACACACAGCUGGACACCAGCGUCCAGCAACGCCUCAUCUCAGAAAUCUUCACCCUCGUUGCCAACCGCCCAAAUUCAGCAUGUAACUUCCUGCCCCUCCCUCCCCUGCUCGCCAGCAGCUCCAAAUCUAGCACCCCCAGCACCCCCCACAACGACACGCCCUCGCUCGUCACCUACCGCCACUAUGCAACCCUUUACUUCAUAGUCAUCUCCACCUCGACCGAGUCGCCCCUCGCCCUGCUCGACCUAAUCCAGGUCUUCGUGCAAGCCCUCGACGGCCUCUUCGAAAACGUGUGCGAACUCGAUCUCAUCUUCAACUUUGAGACGCUGCAUGCAACGCUAGGUGAAAUGAUUGUUGGGGGUGUCGUCGUCGAGACACAGUUAGAUAAAGUAGUACAAGGCGUCAAGGCACAGGGACGCGUUGCGAAGAGGCCAGUGAAUGAGGGGAGGGGUGGCAGUGGAGGUGGAGGGGUUAUGGGAGGUUUAACGUUUGCGGGUCUAGGGAGGGGCGAUGGGGUUUGGACGGGAAGGUGAAGAUGACAUCUCGACAAAACGACAUCUACUUUGGCACCUGCCUCUGCCCGGAUCAAAGAGCCACCAGAGCAGUCACCCUAGGGCUGUUAUAUUCGACCAGCUUGCCGCGACCCGUGAAAACAGGAAGACCAUACGGACGGUUCAACGCUUUUGCAAGCUUCAUAAUUCAGUUCUUCUGGGUCUCAGAAUACGACGAGUGGGAACACCGAAAUCGGGACAUCUAGAUGGAAGGGUCGUUAAGUCGGCUAUGAAGCCUCUUGUAAACCCUUAACGGGACGCAAGCUUGUUUCGUCACAGAAGAGAGCCACCUAUUUAUUUCUUGUGACUUGCGGGUUCGACUUUUUGAGAUGCUUGAACUAGGCAACGUUCACGCUUCUGACGUAGAAGUACUAUCGACGUCUUGGGCAAUCUUUCGUCGUAUAUAAUUAAACAACUAUUCUACCACGAAU